UUAUCAUUCACAGUUCACACGCGCCAAUCAUUUUCUCACCCUGAUUUUCUUAGGAAACAAACACCCCCUCCCCAUAAAAUUAAAAAAAAAUUCCGUACGUUUCAAAAAAAGUCUUUCUCUCUCUACGAACAGGCAAAAACUUUCCCUUCUUUUUCACUGCUCUCUUAUUUGUAUUCUUCUUCUUCUUCUCGAUCAAAGCAAAAGCGUCCCUUAAGUUUCUCGAUUCAGAUCUCGUCGCUUUUUGCUUGCGGAUCUCUAGGUCACCUGCAAUGAGUCGCUACGAUUCCAAUCCUUUCGAAGAAGAGGAGGUCAAUCCCUUCGCGGACUCGGGAGCUAAAGGGAAAGGAUCAGGGCAAUCAAACUAUGGUGGAGGUGCAUUUUAUAUGACAAAUCCUGGAAGUGUUCCCCCUGCAACCUCAAGGCUUUCACCCCUGCCUCCUGAACCCUAUGAUCGCGGUGCUACGAUUGAUAUUCCUCUUGAUAAUACAAAGGAUUUGAGAUCAAAGGAGAAGGAGCUCCAGGCUAAAGAGGCAGAGUUGAAAAGGAGGGAACAGGAAAUAAAACGGAGGGAAGACGCUGCAGCACGAGCUGGAAUUGUUUUAGAGGAGAAAAAUUGGCCACCGUUUUUUCCUAUUAUCCAUCAUGACAUUGCAAAUGAAAUACCUAUCCAUCUACAAAGAGUUCAGUAUGUUGCUUUCACAACAUAUUUGGGUUUGGUUGUCUGUCUUUUGUGGAAUAUUGUGGCAGUUACCACAGCCUGGAUCAAAGGAGAAAGUCCAACAAUUUGGUUUCUUGCUAUCAUCUACUUCAUAGCAGGGGUUCCUGGAGGAUAUGUAAUGUGGUAUCGUCCUCUUUACCGUGCAAUGAGGAGUGAUAGUGCUAUUAAGUUUGGGUUGUUUUUCUUGGUUUACCUGAUACACAUUGGCUUUUGCAUCUUAGCUGCAGUUGCUCCUCCCAUUAUUUUCAAGGGGAAAUCUCUGGCUGGUAUUUUGCCAGCAAUUGACUUGAUGAGCGGUAAUGCCUUGGUUGGGAUAUUUUACUUUAUCGGAUUUGCAUUCUUCUGCCUAGAAUCAUUGCUCAGUAUCUGGGUUAUUCAGCAAGUAUACAUGUAUUUCCGAGGCAGUGGCAAGGCUGCUGAGAUGAAGCGUGAUGCAGCAAGAGGGACCAUGAGGGCAGCACUAUGACGGGGCACAUAUUGAGCUGAGAUGUUAUUUGUGAAUGGAUUUCGGCUGAUUUGCUCCCAGAGUUGAUUCCUAGAGUUGGCUCAUUCCUCUCACCCAUUUUCGGCUUGCUUUAUACAGUUACUGUUUUGAUGUGUUUUCUUCUGUAUUUUGAUACUAAAAUACGAAUCUUAGACUUGGCUUAAUAUUAAAUACAUUUACUAUUGCAGUUUGGGUUCA